CACGCCUUUGUCGCCAAUACAACAAGCGCUGCGCGAUUUGGAAGAGGCAAAGAGUGCUUUGCAGGCGCGCGAAGAUCUGUACCGAGGGCAGCUUUACCACAAGAUAGGUGCUGAGAUGUUGCGGCAUAUCUUGAAGUCUUCUAGGCCGGCCGACUUUGAGUCGCAUGACCAGCAAGGGGAAGUGAAAUCUUUUGGCGAGUAUCGGUUUCAGGUGCCAGCUCCCUCUAUGGUUUGGAGUGAUGAUUCGACUAGUGCAGGACAAUUUCCCGAUAACACGAAAGACCCACAGCAGAAAGCUCUUAGCUGGCUUCGCUAUGCUUGGCACUAUCUCGGUAAAAGCGAUGAAAAGACAAACACGAUACACGACAGUGAUGCUGGUGGGUGCGCAAAACAUGACAAAGAUUACUCAGCGGCCGUUGCCGCUGCACUCUUUACAGGUGAGGCAGCGCCUGAGACUGUUUAUACCGUUGGUGAUCUCUUACCCCCUAUGGUUGACGAAUUUUACGCGCGAUACGUGAUUGGGGAGACUAUUGACUGGCCCAUACAUACGAAAACGACAGCGCGAGGCGUCUGCGAGGAGGACGCUCACCAAUCUUCGAAGAGCACGCAAAAAGGAACUCGAGGGAAACGAAGCGGGAAGGCCCACCGAAGCCAUUUAGGAAAAGAUGGAGAUGCGCGAUUAAACUGGGGCCCAGGGAAACAAGAAGCGUCUUGGCGAAAUUCUCCGAUCCAUCAUCGUGCCAUUGGGUCCUUAUGUGAUUUGUUGCGCAUUCCCUCUGAACGUCUUCGCGAUUGUUACGGUAGCUAUGCCUUUUCCGCCGAAGACCUUUUGCGGCAUAAGCUUUUAAUGCAAGCGCUAUCGGCCGAUGCGACAGCUUGUCAAAAUCUCAUUCCUGUCGCCUUGUCUAUGCGGCAGGACGAGGAGAACAGAGAGACUCAACUCUAUCAUCAAGAAGAACUCAUUGCGUUUGCGGAGCAACGAGAGGCACGCCAUAAAGCUAGUAGUGAAUGCGUCAACGAUUCGGAGCAUCUUCAUGCCGAACCUCAUCAAGGGAAGCUCGAUCAUGUUUCUCGUCGACUUCUUCGUGCCUGCGAGGUGGUCCUGGGUGCUACCAACGAGGGCGGUCAUAAACCUGUCCAUGAUAAUGAAGAUGAACCGCUACAUCUUCAAGAACAGGCACCACAGGUAGGGCGUACUGGCGCUGCGAAUCAUGACGUUGAGACGACAGGAGCCCCUUCAUCCAUUAGCUCCGCCUGCAGCCGAAGUAAGCGCAUAAAAGCAGCAGCCCUGACUGCCUAUUUACGACAACCCGAGAGCAUCCUGAAAGACAUGCUUUGCAUUCGUUUCGCGAAUUGUACGCCGCUUGAGCAAGCUGCUUUGCGCGUAGCCGACUUAAUCGCGAAUUUGGAGGCAUUGCAGAACCCGGAAUGCAAGAUGACCGAACAAUUAGCAAAGGCAUACUACAUAUCAGGCUCUUUAGCGGGUGCAAAAGCGGCUGCGCUUUGUCGCGUGGAGCAUGAUGUCGCUGCAACGGUUUGCGAGCUUUAUCGCGGAAAUUUCAGCAGAAGCCAGCAAACAAAGACCAGAAGUCUAGCAAACGCUCGGCCUUCGGAGCACUUGUCCAGUUCUCUUGCUGCAGAUGAAGGAUCCGCGAGACUGCUUCCCACAAUAUUUUCCUCAAGAAAGCCAGAAGUUACAAACCGAGAUGAUUUCCAUCAUCCGGUUAGAACUAGAAGCGCGUCGUCCACUUCAUCUAUACCUGCUCCUAUACCUGGUGAUCAAGGUUCUUCAUCCUCGUCUUCAUCACCAAACGGCCUUCCGAAGUUUCAAGACCUUCAGGAGGAUCUCUGUUUCUUGCGUUCUAUUAUUGACCUCCACUUCGCGGAACUCCAUGAAAAAUGGUCUAUGUUGCAGAGCAAUCACUUGGAAAAAGCAGUAGAAGGGUAUACCGAUCAACCGCCAGACUAUGUGCAUCGACUUGCCGCUCGGAAUAACCUGGCGGGGGUGUAUGUAGAGGCCCCUUGGCAACAGAAGCUGGUAUUGGAGGACGAGGAGAGGAUGCAAGAUAUUUCGAAUCUUGAUUAUGAUGCGGGCCAAAUUCAUGGUGCUCCAGUCACAGCCACGGGAUCUUCAUCAUCUGCAUUACGACACUCUUCAACUCCUAGAAAUAGAAAUCUCGAUGUUCAACAGAAUGCGGAACAAAGUACAAGUACUACACAGGAGCAGAAGCAAAACAAUGUAUCUACAGCACAAUUUUCAAACGACUCCUCAAUAGUAGAUAAUCACGAAGCACUAGAAGCACCAGAUACUAGUAUACAAAACAAGGAUCAGCACCAAGCGAAAACAAAAAAACAAUCGAAAACAUUGCAGAGGCAGAACCCGACGGCGAUGAACUCGAACUCCAAGUCCAAGCAAGUAUUGAAAGAAAGUACAACAAACUCAAACGCAAUCUCAAAGAACAAGGAACAAAGUACAAGUACUCCUAGUAGGGACACGCAAAUGCUGAACAACCAUAAGAAUAAUAAAUUCUAUCGGCAGCACAACACUACAUUUGAGGACAAUCUCGCUAAAGCAUGUGUAAAUAUGAAGACGCUUUUGGAGUUUGGCGAAGACGGUUCUAGGCUUGUUCCACUUGCAUAGUGCCAAAUCAUGAUUAUAGUUGAAGUUCUUGUUCUCCUAGUAUCGAGGUAGUGACGUGGUGUUGAAAGAUAGUUUCAGUAUGUCUUUUUUUUAUUGGAUGAUGUGGAUCUCGAUCCGAUUCCUCCAUUUUUUAAGCGGCAAAAAGUACUAGAAGAAGUACUGGUAGGGAUCAAUUUGUUUUGCAAACCCAAUAGUAGUUGUUAAGCUUUUUACUACAAACAUUACUUGCGUCGAGGAGUAAUUUCUUGAUGAUGAUCAAGCUUGUAACCUCAACAUUUUUACCAGUUUAGUUAAGUACCUGUUGCAUAUACUAGCGGUAGCAAGCUAGCACCGUUAUAGAACAUGAAAAUAUCCUUUCAAAUAUUUCCUGGCGAACUAGAUAGAGGAUAUGUUCUACUACUCAUCAAGUCACCUAUGCAGUUUCCGAGAUCUGAUCUCGUCCUGAUCUUGUAUUCUCACUUUUGAUUUUUCAUUUUUUAACGUCGAAAAAUUUUCCUUUCUAAUGCUUGAUUUCACAUGAUGAAAAACUACAUUUUUACCAUGAUAAAAAUUCUACUUUAAUACUGUAUAUUUUUUUCGUUAAAAAAAGAAUCAGGUACCACAGAAAACUGAGGUUUUGAAGGCGACAGUCGAAGGCAUCAUGUGCAAGGAAUAUCAUUGCUUUCAUCGUGGAAAAGUGGCAACGUUUUGUGAGUGUGGAAUCGAAGAGUCACAACUGAUGAAUGCGAGAUACGAAAGGCGCGGCGCAACGGGCGGCUUUUAAAGCAGAUACACAAUUAU